AGUCCCCUGUGUACAGAGUCAAAAACAAAAACACCUUGCUAAUCAAAGGCGUACUCGUUGGGCUAGUAGCAUCAACAUCACACCCAACUCCAGACCUAUGGAAUCUGAGUCUUCAUUUUAGCAGGAGCCCCGGGAAAUAUGCACAUGAAAGUCUGAGAAGGGCUGGCUUAAAGAACCCAGAAAGCUGGCAACCUAGACCAAGGCAGAGCCAAAUCCAACCACUGUUCUGCCAAACCUAUCCUCUUCCUAUCAUACAGUGUAGCUUUCAGGUGUUAUCUCAGCAAAAUCGAUGCAUAAGUAGACCAGUGGUGAUCAACCAGGGGCAAUCUGGCCUCUCAGAGGACAUUUUGGUCACAGCUUGGGGAGAUGAUACUCCUGGCCCCUAACAGAAGCCAAGGACGCUGCUAAACAUCCUACAAUGCAGAGGACAGUCCUCCCAACGAAUAAUUAUCUAACCCAGAAUGUCAAUGGUACAAAGGUUAAAAAACAAACAAACAAACAAAACACAAAGAAAACAAAAAAAGCCUACCUGCCUAUGAUUUCCCAGCUAACGUGGUCAAUCCUUAACUUCAGUAACUUGAGCCGAUUUAAGCAUCCAAAUCCAUAAGGGAAAAACAAAAAACAAAAAAAACCACACUUUAUGCGCAAUCCUCUCAAGUAAAGAGCUUUACAAGGUUCCCACCAGGGUUUACACCAAAUCAAUAAUGGUCAAGAGUGACAACCAAAACAAAGUUCAGAAAAGUAACAAAAGCACACGCUGAAAUAUUUCACAAUCACACAGGCUGUAUUGAAAAAGCAAGUACACUCCUAUCACACAUGCUUCUUCAAUAAAACCAUUCUGGCGUGUAUCUAACUUAAUUAAAUCUUCACUUUUCUCCUACAAUACAGGAUUAUUCGUGAAGAAUCACCUUGGCCACUUCAAGAUGACAAGCACUCACUGGGCUAAAUUACUUCAUUGAAAGGAAACCUCAUAGUAGACAAUAUUUUUUAAAAGGCCUCAUCCUCAGAAGUUACUCGACGAUGAAUGCCACCCCCGCCUCGCCGGCAGGGGGGUCCUGCCCCCGGAACACCCUCAUAACCCAGCAAAUCAUCCCCGUGCUGUACUUCAUGGUCUUCGUGGCUGGGAUCCUGCUCAACGGCGUGUCAGGGUGGAUCUUCUUCUACGUGCCCAGCUCCAAGAGCUUCAUCGUCUAUCUCAAGAACAUUGUCGUCGCCGACUUCCUGAUGAGCCUGACUUUCCCUUUCAAGAUCCUGAGCGACUCGGGCCUCGGCCCCUGGCAGCUGAACGUGUUUGUGUGCAGGGUCUCGGCCGUGCUCUUCUACGUCAACAUGUACGUCAGCAUCGUGUUCUUCGGGCUCAUCGGCUUUGACAGGUAUUAUAAAAUCGUGAAGCCUCUUUCGACGUCUUUCAUCCAGUCCGUGAGCUACAGCAAACUCCUGUCGCUGCUGGUGUGGAGCCUCAUCCUGCUGCUUGCCGUGCCCAACAUGAUCCUGACCAACCGGAGCGCCACGGGGGCCACACGCGUGAAAUGCAUGGACCUGAAGAACGAACUGGGCCUCAAGUGGCACAAAGCCUCCAGCUACAUCUUUGUAGGCAUCUUCUGGAUUGUGUUUCUUUCCUUAAUCAUCUUCUAUACUGCUAUCACGAGGAAGAUCUUUAAGUCCCACCUUAAGUCCAGAAAGAAUUCCGUCUCCGUCAAGAAGAAAUCUAGCCGCAACAUCUUCAGCAUCAUGUUCGUGUUUUUUGUCUGUUUUGUCCCUUACCACGUUGCCAGAAUCCCCUACACGUGGAGCCAGACAGAAACCCAUUACAGCUGCCGCUCAAAAGUAAUGCUGCUCUACGUGAAAGAAUUCUCUCUGCUACUGUCGGCUGCAAACGUAUGCCUGGACCCCAUUAUUUAUUUCUUUCUAUGCCAGCCGUUUAGAGAAAUUUUAUGUAAGAAACUGCAUAUCCCAUUAAAAGCUCAGCAUGACUCAGAAAAUUCCAAAACCAAAAGGGGAAAUAUAACACAAGAAAGCAUAGAUACUUUGUGAAUUCCCACCUCCUUUCAAAUAAAGUCUGUGCAUGCAUAGUGUAAUCUUCAAUUA